AUGGUUCUUGGAGUGUUGGCAGCGGUCGCAUUGGCGGUGUUGGCGCCAAAAUACGGCGCGAUCGGAGGCCCACUCCAACACCUCUCCCCGCUACCUCUAAGCUUCGUGUACUUCACCGCGGGGCGGGGCAGGCCGCAGCCGGCCCGCCCGCGCCUCUACCUGCUAACCGCGUUCCACGCGAACGUCGCGGCGGUCGCGCUGUGCGCGGUCACGGUUAACGCCAUGUCGCUGGCCGUGGACCGCCGGGUUAUGGAGGGUGCAAUACUAGCAAGCGCCAGCGGUCCGUGUUCUUGGCUAUCAUUGGCCCUGUACUCCAAAGUGACCCCAUAUCUGGCCAUUUGCAACUAUGUUGCGUCGUUGCUGACGGUACCGCUGUUUCAUUUGUUGUUGUGCGGUAAACCGCCGCUACCAUCGUUGGAGGAAUUAAAAUGGGUGGUGAUGACUUCCUUCCUGCCAUUUCUGAUUGGUACAUGCGCUACCAAAGAAGAGACAGUAUCCGUCUGGAGCAAAUUCUCAGCUUUAAUGCUGGUCUAUUUAGAGUGCUGUUGCCUCCUUGUGGAGGCUGAGGGUGUUUUGUACGUGUCCGAUGUCGUCACGACACUUGUGCUGGUGAUCAGUUGGUUGAUAACAGUGGCGGCGUCCAGCUUUCUCUACUCAAAGUGUAGGAUUUUGGACUCGGCGGAAGCUCAGCUGCUGUUGCUUGUAGCUGUGCCGAAGUCCACGCAAAUUGAUUGGAUCACAUCUACAUGCCCGAAAUUGGGACUAUAUCGCCUGCCCGCGGUUUUCCUCGCGCCGACACAGGCUUUACUGCUUUCUACUAUAUCAUACGAUAGUAGCAUAAGCAAAAGCCUACCCACUUAAUAAAAUAGACCAUUUUAACCUCUACCGUCCUUUUGAAAUCCUAUCGAAAUCGGAUCAGCCGUUCCCGUUAUAGCGAUAACAUUUGCGUCUUAGUUAUAGGAUAUUAGAUAUAGAUAAAUAAAAACUGCCUUAAUAUGUCUGACAGUUUUAACAUUUCUCAUGAAUUAUAUAAAAAAUAACUAGAAAUUAUGUUAUAAUAACUAACUGACAGUAUUUUAUUGCAAAAUAUGAUGUGGUUUCGACUUUAGCACUAGGUCACAGACUUAAAUACUAUAGUAGGUAGUUUUUAACCCCAUAGCCUAUUUGGGCAUUAAACAAACAUUUUAAAGUAAAUAAUUAA